UUAGGUUUUGCGUGACCGCCGCGCCCUCGCUCACGCCUCUCCCUAUCUUCUCUCAAAGCUUUCAGCCCCAGCCGCGCCAGCCGCCAACCACCCCGUCCGGUCGUGAUCUCGUAAGACAAGUCAGCAGCUUUCUUCCAUCCGCAGACGUGACCUCCGCCCAGUCUAUUGUUGAGAUUGGAUGGAUUCUGACACGAAUGACGUAUUACCACUCCAAGAACUGUCUCUUGAUGAAGCAAUUACAGAAGUAGAGUUGGAAGAAUCAUACGAGGAAGAUGAAGAGGAUGAGUUAGAGGAAUAUGUAACAUUGGGUACUAUUGAGAAGCCCAAGCACCCUAAGUUCCUCCUUCGCCAUCUAUUCCCAAGUAAAACUGGAGGCACUCCUGCAUGGUUGGACCCAGUGGAGUUGCCCACGGGGAAGUUUUCCCGAUGUGAUUUUUGUGAAGAGCCUCUUCAGUUUCUUCUUCAGAUUUAUGCUCCAAUUCCUGAGAAGGAAUCUACUUUCCAUAGGAUGUUAUAUGUGUUCAUUUGCCCAUCCAUGUCAUGUAUUCUUCAGGACCAGCAUGAACAAUGGAAGCGCAGAGAAGAAGAUCCUAGACGGAGUAUAAAAGUCUUCCGGUGCCAAUUACCACGGUUGAAUGUUUUUUACUCAAGUGAGCCACCAAGGAAGGAUGGCAAUGACAAACCAUUGAGUGUUGGAGCUGCACUUUGCUCUUGGUGUGGCACAUGGAAAGGGGAGAAAGUUUGUAGUGGUUGUAAGCAAGCACGUUACUGCUGUGAGAAACAUCAGGCUAUGCAUUGGAAAUCGGGGCAUAAAAAUCGGUGCCAUCAUAUUAUACAUAACUUGGAAUCUAUUAGUUCCAGUCUCCCAGGAGAAAAACUAAGUCGCGAUAAAGUUGCAUGUAGUUCACUAUGGCCUGAAUAUGAGAUUGCCAUAGAGGAUGAAUGUGCUUAUGAUGCGGAAGCUUCUGAAGAUGCUAGUUAUGAAGCAUCAUCAUUGGUGACUCAACAUGUACCAGAUGACACAUAUCAGUUCUUGUUGGACAAAUUUGAGGCUGACGACAAUAAAAGGAGCUGGGCAUCAUUUCAAGAAAGAAUUUCGAAAUGUCCUAGCCAAGUCUUGAGAUAUUCUCGAGAUUUGAUGGCGAAUCCACUGUGGCCUUUGUCAAUUGGCCGCCCCAGCAUGACAAAUAUACCCAAGUGCAAGUACUGCAAUGGCUCCCUAUGCUAUGAAUUCCAGAUCAUGCCUCAGAUACUUUAUUACCUUGGUGUGAAAAAUGAUUCCGACUCGCUUGAUUGGGGAACCAUUGUUAUAUAUACAUGUCUAGCCUCCUGUGAAGCAAGUGCAAGAUAUAAAGAAGAAUUCAUCUGGGUUCAGCUAUAUCCUACAGCGCCAAUCAGCUGAAGGUGUUGCUAUGUUUCUCUUGCUCCUGUUUUUUCUUUUUUGAAGAAUGCAAUAGACUAUUCGGAGUAAGAAAUAUUGUACAAGAAUUGGUAUUGUAAGUUUAGUUUUUUACUAUGCGCAUGAAUCCUUGUUCUCUAGGAAUUGGAUAUAAUAGUUAUUCUUGUAGAUUAAUUGCCCCAUGAGUGGAUGAAAUAAAGUAAAGAUAGAACAAGAAAAAAUAUUCUUUAUUUGAGGAAUAUUUCCUGUUUA